CACCAAGCCCCACUAUCAAACGAACAGCGCAUGCGUCAGUUAAUGGAGCUCCUUUUCCGGAAAGAAGAGCGAACGGUUACCAGGGGUUGGAGGUGUACUAUUUGGUUGUUAGAAAAUGACAGCCAUUACAAUUUCACCAGCUUCCCAUGGACUUAUACAAGUGGUGAACGAAAGUAAUUUGUGUAAAAUAGAAAGCUAUCUUAAUGACACCGCAUACAGGGAAUCCAUCGAAAAUGCUUCAAAUUAUAACAGCCGAUUAUGCAGGGAACGACGACUACGUAUGCCUUUCCUCGAUUCACAGACAGGUGUAGCACAAAAUCAUUCUUCGCUGUUUAUGUCAGCAAGAGAAAGGCUUCCAGGCUUGUUACACGGUCAAAUAUAUACAUAUCCCAGUAAAAGAUGGAGAAAAAAAAGACGACAGUAUCUAAUGCACUAUUUGCAUCCAAAAAGGGGUCCCAGAGGAGAUCCAGAAGAUGGCGUAGAAGGUGUAGAAACUGUAACACAUGUAAAUGAUGAUAGUAAAGAAUCUGUUGCUCUUAAAGAGGAACACAGUAAAGAUGCUUGGUACUAUGACGAACAAGACAUAUUGGAUAUGGAUACGUACGAGGAACCUGAUCCUGAAAGUGAUUAUGAUUAUGAAGAAAGUUACAGUAGUAAAAGGAAACGAAGAAAACCUCGUGGUGGUGGACAUCAUCCUGCACGAAAUCAUCCUCCUUCCACAGAUAACCCAGGAAGCAAACGUACAAAGGGUGGGGGACGUGGGCGCAAAAAAACCAACUAUGAUGCUGUUGACACUGAUAAGCCAUUCGUUUGUGACCUAUGCAGCGCACGGUAUAAAACCAGACCUGGUCUGGUCUACCAUUAUGGUCAUUCCCACUCUACUUCCUCCGGUGAUCCUGCUAAGGAACUAAGUCCCAGUCCUGCUGAAGUUGAACCUAGGAGCGUUGCAGACACCGCUGCUUCGAACCAGCCAGGUGGUACACGUCGGGGUCGUCAGAACGCAAGCUCAUCGAGUACCUCGAGUCCGUCCCCCGCAGCACCCUCCGCGGCCGCUGCGGGGGCGUCGACGCAGCCGCCUGCGCAGUCGCAGCCGCAGCCUCAGCCAGCGGCCCAGCAGGCCCAGCCGGCGGCUCAGCAGGCCCAGCAGCCACAGCCUCAGCCGGCGCAGACGCAGCCGGCGCAGACGCAGCAGCCACAGGCGGCGCAGGCGACGGUCGCGCCCGCGUCGCCGACGAUACCGUCGACGAAGGAGGACCACCUGCCUGCGGCCUCGUCCCCGGGAACCGCGGUGCCCUCGCCCUCCUCGGUGAGAACGGAGGGGCCCCCGACCCCCGGGACUAACGAAAAAAAAGCUGGCAAGUCCGCGCAACCCUCCCCGUACUGCGACUUCUGUCUGGGCGACGCUAGGGAAAAUAAAAAGACCGGCGGCUCCGAGGAGUUGGUCUCGUGCAGUGACUGCGGCCGCUCAGGGCAUCCGACUUGUUUGCAAUUCACUGCGAACAUGAUCGUUUCUGUUCGCAAGUACAGGUGGCAGUGUAUCGAAUGCAAAUGCUGUUCCAUUUGUGGCACCUCCGACAACGAUGAUCAGCUGCUGUUCUGUGACGACUGUGAUCGUGGAUACCACAUGUAUUGUCUGUCUCCACCUCUUGCAUCUCCUCCCGAGGGCUCCUGGUCUUGCCGUCUGUGCAUAGCAGAAUUUCAUCGCCGUGAUUAAAGCUCAUUGUCUCGUAGAUAAGUCACGGAUUUUUAUCUAUUUGCUGUGGUGCAGCGGCCGUUCCUGAAUUAGGAGAGUAUUUUCAGAAAGAAGCACACUUUCGUUUUUUUCUGUUUUUAGUUUUCGUUUUUGUUCUUUUUUUCAUCGUUUCCUUUUUCUUUUUUCUACGUUCGUUUUAACGUAGAGCGAAGUAACCACCGGGUGAUACACUAACACGAUUCGUCGACACGUUGGCAGCAUUAACGUUUUCUUAAUCUUCUUUUCUUCUGAUUGUUUUCUUCGUUGAGACUCCCCCACCCCCACCCCCUGUCGCUCCCGUAUUUUCUCCGUUCGUUCUUUUUUUCUCUUAUUUAAGUUCGCGAUAAUGAUUAAGACGAAAACGUUUGACGAAGUAUUCGUAACACGAUACAGAUAAUACUGCGUCAGUUGUCUCAGGCACUGGUGAUCUCAGAAAAUUAAUAAAUAAUUGCGUAUUAUAUAAUUUUAGCUGAGCCCCCUAGCGUUUACCCAUAUUAUUAGUUGUACGACAAUGUACCGUCGAUGGACUGUCCGGAAAAUCUUUCUAUAAAAUCGUAAACCAGCAACAAAAAAAAACAAGAAAAGUAGUGUGUGAACGCGGAAACCGAUGAGAGAUACCAUCGUGAGAACCGAGAGGACCCCUCCCCGCAACCGAUUGUUGCCGGUCGAUUGCAUUUUUCAUUGAGACGCGAGAAAUAUAUUUUUUAUUCGGUUUAGGAACGACCGCGUGACAUGAUUAACGAUCGAGAUAGGAUGAGAACAAAUUCUAGGCGUUAGUUUUCGGGAAUCGAUAACAAUGAAGACAGAAAAACGCGAUGAGAUACUCUCCUAGUUCUAGGCCAAAUUUAGUUUAUAGCCAUUGACAUUCGAAGUUCGGUUGCUUUUUUACCGUUUUUCUUUUAUUUCUUGAAAACUGCUUACGAUCGAAACACCGAAACCGGAGAUCUUGAAUAUCUGCGAUAGAAAUCUCUUAGCUCCUCGCUAUCGACUGUCAGACCCCCCUCCCAAAAAAAUGCACGAAAAGAACCGAGAUUCAGAAGGAAGCAAAAAACGAUAACGAGAGAAAUUGAUAAUCUAGAGGAAAAAAAGAUCAUGAUAUUAAAUAGUAUCUGUUUCAUAAAAAUAGCGAUAAAUAGGACACCGUCUAUUUAUCUGUACGUAUCCAUGAUACUAAAGCUUUUACACUUAAUGACACAGCCAUUAGUAGCAGUAUAGCUAUGACAUACAAAAGAACUUGCAGUACCGCAGAAAUUUAUAUUCUAUUAUUCCUUUUAUCGUUAGUUCAGUAUUUUUUAUAUUUUAUAUAUUGAAUGUACUUAAUUUAAGAUACUGUGGUGAUAUUUGGUAUUCAUUGAUGUAACUGUUUUCCUUCCGUUUUUUUUCUUUCUUUUCUUCUUCUUCUUCUUCUUCUUCUUUUUUUAUUUUAGUAACUUUAGGGUCACUUAAUGACGUGGAAUUGUGUAUUAGGUGUCGCGUGCGAGAGAGAGAGAGAGAGAGAGAGAGAGAAAGUGAGAGAGAGAGAGAGAGAGAGAGAGUUAGUCUUAUAAAAAACGUAUUUUGAGUUUGACUUUGAUUCAACGUGGUGAGUUUACAUUUUAUAUCGCUUAUUUUUUAACACACUGUAUGCAAAUUUGAAUAAACAUUAGUUUAUGUAAACCGAAUCGCUAA